AUGGCCAACCGCGUGCACCGCAUCACCAUGUUCAAGCUUCCCAGCAAGGACGACCAGGCUAAGCUGCUUGACCAGUACCACAAGCUCGACGCCUCUCAGCAAAGGGACGGCAAGCCUUAUAUCCUCUCCAUGGUUGUUGGUACCGCGGAUGAGGAUGCCCGAUCUCAGGGAUUCACCUUUGUCUCAAAGACUGAGUUUGCCAGCAUGGAUGAUAUGAAGUACUACGACGACGGCUGCCAGGCUCACCAGGCCCUCAAGGACUUUGUCAAGGGCAACCUCAAGCCCGAGGGAGUCACGACUGUUUAUUUCCAGCCCCAGGCUAUGGGUGGUGUUGAUCACGCUUCGAAAUGA